CGCCUGUGGUUACCAUAUCACAAUAUACCAACAUUGUCCAGUGACUAUGGUCCAUACAUUGGUCUUUCGGCCCAUCGUUGUAUUGCACCGACGCAAGAACUAUGUUGGUAAUUCGUGUCGUCAUAGACAGAGAUGAACAGUGUAUUGUUGUUGGUUACGUUAUAUGUGUGCAUAGUUCGUGAUAACAUACGAUUUUCUUGGCUGUGCUGUUUCGAAACACGUGUAAAAUGUCAAAUCGAAGAAACAUGGUACGGAAGGAGAAGGCCAUGCCUCAGCUGCCAGUCAAGACAUCUGAUGCGGACAGGAACACUGUGCAGCAGUUUGAGCUGGAACUGCAGUGGUGCAUUCAGCAACUAGAGGGUGCACUUUCCACAAACAAGAUGUCUACAAAACAAGCUCAAGAUGCAGCUCAUUCGUUGACUGUUCUUAGGAGUAAGAAUGCACCAAUAAUAAAGAAGCGACAAGUAAUGAGGUCCUCAUUUGGCGAUUACCGAACUAAGAUGUUAGAAGAGGAAAAGAAGUUUAAUAAAGCCCAGGAGAGGGUCAGUAUUACUGCACCAACACCAAACAAGAAGUCUUGCUUUGUGAAACAGAGUGCUGUCAUCUGUGAGCCAUCACAAGCUAACUUCAGGUUCAAUUUUGAGAUGCCAGAGGGCAAGGAAGAGGCAUGCACCAGUCAACUCACAACGAGCCACAAAAGUCUUGCAUACAAAAGCUCAGACAAUAGCUUCAGGUUUAAUUUUGUACAGCCAGCCUCUUGAUCUUGGGUAUGUCAUAUUUUGAAUAGUAAUGAUGAAUUCUGACUAAAGAAGCACAUGUUCAGAAUAUGAUGAUUUUUCAGCAGUACAUUCUUUUUCACGAGUUUUUUAUUCUGCUUUCCAAAUGGAGGUGUUCUAUGCCAGGGGUUCUCAAACUUAACUGAAGUAGAUAUCGAGUCACAGCCUUGCUGUUUAACAUUGAUUGUUUUGGAGUGAACAAUAAUUUCAUUUUCAGCAACUAAAUUUUGCAGGGUUAGUAUGCUGGAAUUCUUUUUGCACUCAGUCUGUAGCAAUGCAGUUGAUUUUCAUUUGCAGUGUUUUCAUUUUCUCAGAAUAGGCAAAUGAUAUCAUUCCUGUGGACUUACAUUAAGAUCAUUCAGCCAACCAAAGAUAUCAGGAAAUCGUAAUUCAUCAGUGAAGCAAUGAAUCAACGAGGCUGUUGGUCCAUGGUUGCUCUCAGAAAGAGAAAUUCGAACUUCAUCUUGAAGCUCAAAGAGACAACGUUCCCUCAGGACAGCCAUCUUACUUCAGUGUGAAGAAAUGUUCUGUGCUCACUAUCUAUUUCGGAGCACAGUAUUGAAAGCAAGCAAGAAUUAAGGCUCAGAGUCUAAUAAAAUUCACUACCUAUACAGCCUGAUCUAAAACUAGUGUCAUAUUUUGUUGAAUCUUGCAGGUAAGAGAUUCAUGAUGAAUAGUGCAGUGUGUAAAUUUGGCUUCAGGUGCUAUUUGCGUGAUCAGAGCAUGAAUGCCACUACAUGUACCAGUCAUUGAACAGCUCCACCUGUAUUGACACUAAGGCUGGGUGCAAACGGAGCCACUAGCCAUCGCCACCGGUGGCUGCCACUUGCUGCAGUCUGUAUUUUGUAUGCAGUAUGGAGACAUUCGAUACUGAAUUAUUCAUCCAUGAAAUUGAGGCCCGUCCAGCUAUCUGGGAUAUGCGGUCUGAAUUAUACAGCAACAGGACAGAGAAAACAAAAUCCUGGGAAGAACUCUGCCAACUGUUUGUUGCCAAAUUUAUCUUUGUGCCUCUUUAGCUCCUCAAAAAGCGUAGCAAAAUGGCCGUGUUCGCUGCGAAUUCGCAAUAUUGGAUGUACCCAAAAACGGCGCUGUCUUUGUUGUCGUUUACGUAUUAUUAGUAUUGCGACCAAUGCUUCCAUAUUGGAGUCCAUUUUGCUACUGACGCGCUUGGAGAAAAUGUCUGCAUAAAGUGGGGACCACUAGUGGUCAUGUUUAGCCACAGGUGGCAGCCACCGGUGGUGGUGGCUAGUGGCUGCCAGUGAGUAGCCUCAAAAGGCAAAAUGCUAGAUAUUUUAGAAAAGCUCCAUAUAUAUAAAAGUAGUUAAAACCAAGCCAUCAUUAACGAACAUGAUUCUAACGUAUUAUUUGACCUGGCAAUAAACAGGAAAAGUAAAUUUUCAUAUUCAAUAGUUGGCCACCCUGAAUUCGAGCUUUUUAUAU